AUAAAUCACAUAACACCGACAAAUUAAACAUUGAGAUUCAGUUUCAAAUAUACAAUUUUAAAUAAUACUGCGCUCGGUAAUCUUCCAAAUCGAAUCCCGUCCCGCCGUACACUUUGGUUUAAACUUUGUAAUUGUUAUUGUUUCGUCCUUAGCAGGCAUUUCUAAAAACAUUUUUGACGUUGUUUUGAAAUUUGGCGACAUAAAAUAAUGUAAUUAAUAUUUUCUAAAAUAUGGAAAUAAUACACUGUGCGGCAGGCCGUUUGCUAAAUCUGAAAAAAAGACACGGUGAUGGUCGAACAGCCAAAUAAAAGCGUAAAUGCCAAUUAAACUCAGACUACCAGAAAUAAGAAGUUUGAAUCGGGUGCAAAAUUGAAGCAGAAUAAAGUUUCAAAAUCUCGAAAAGUCGAACAGGUCAUAAAGAGGGUUAUUGCAAACCUCAGAGAAAAAAACCGCAAAAGGAGUAUCCCAGAGCGGUAGAACACCAACCCAACAGCGACCGAAAAUCAACGCAGUGCAGGUAAAUUGCGUAUAUUUCGCCGCACGCCGAAAAUAUGUCAAACCGAUAACGUCAGCAGUAGCUGGCGGGGAAGGGAAAAUCUUCAAGCUACAGGUUGAUACCGCUUCCGAUGUGACGAUAAUUGGCAAAGAGAAUUGGGGGAAAAUGGGGAAGUCCAGGAGUCAAGUUAACUAACAGUCACGCCACGAGUGCAUCGAGGAAUAAAAUUCGCUUCAAGGCGGAGUUCCCAUGUGUACUUCAGCUUAACGGAGAAGUGAAACCAAUAAAGAUUCUUGUAGCAGAGUUUGAUUAUUUUGAAUGUUCUAGGUACAGAUGCUCUUGACACUUUUGGUGUAUGGGGCCAUCCGCUUAGUAGUGUAUGUUGUCAAAUCAAGCAAUCAAUACCCGCCAUUGAAGCUGCAGCUAUAACGGACAUUAACCGAAGAUAUGCAGAUGUUUUUAGCGCUGUUCCGGCCAAAUGCAGCAAGGCAGUUGUUCAGCUACAUUUGAAACCAAAUGUACAACCGAUUUUUCGGGCGAAACGACCAAUGGCGUACGCUUUACAAGCUCUAAUAGAGGCAGAAUUGGAUAGACUGGAGAACCUUGGAAUCAUAACACCAGUAGAAUUCUCCGACUGGGCAGCGCCGAUUGUAGCUGUUAGAAAAGUAACAGGCGGAGUACAAAUCUGUGGUGACUACUCAUCUGGGUUAAAUUCAGCACUACAACCACAUCAGCAUCCACUACCUACGGCGGAAGAUAUAUAUGCUAAAAUUGCCAACAGUCAUUGUUUUUCGCAUAUAGAUUUGGCAGAUGCAUAUUUACAGACGGCAGUCACGCCGGAGGCAGCAAAGUUGCUAACUAUAAGUACGCAUUAGGGUUUAUUCGCAUUUAGCCGACUUGCACCAGGGGUCAAAAGCGCACCAGGUGCUUUCCAGCAAAUAAUGGAUACUAUGUUAGCGAACAUAGAUGCUACUGCAGCAUAUAUAGAUGAUAUAAUCGUUGGGGGCUCUACAUGGUUUUCCUAUCUACAAAACUUAUUCAAGGUCUUGCAAAGACUAAGAGAGUACAACUUUCACGUAAAGUUGGAAACAUGUAAAUUUUUUGUUGCGGAGGUUAAAUAUUUAGGAAGUAUUGUUUCACAGAGUGGACUACGUCCAGAUGCAGAUGAAAUCAGCGCAAUACUGAAGAUGCCACCACCUACAAACAUUUCAGAACUACGAGCAUUUUUGGGCAGCGUAAAUUAUUACGGGAAAUUCGUUCGCAGCAUGAGCAGUCUGAGGGCACCUCUGAACGAACUACUUCAUGAUAAUGUAAACUUUGUAUGGACAUCGCAAUGUCAACAAGCUUUCGAGAAGUUCAAAAGCAUUUUGCAGUACGACUUACUGCUCACGCAUUAUAAUCCGGAUCUUCCCAUAAAAGUGGCAGCAGAUGCAUCGACCGACAUUCAACCGAGCAGAAACAUUCUCAGAUUGAGAAGGCGCUAGCGUUGAUAUUUGCAGUAAAAAAGUUUCAUCGAUAUAUUUUCGGACGAAGAUUUAUAUUAUGGACAGAUCACAAGCCAUUACUAUCCAUCUUUGGUAGUAAAAAGGGUAUUCCCGCACAUACUGCAAAUAGACUACAGGGUGGGCUCUUACCCUCAUGCGGUAUAAUUAUGAAUUACAGUACGUCAAUACGAAAAAUUUUGGGUGUGUGGAUACUCUAUCCAGGCUGAUGGAUAAAAAUGAGCAUGAAGAUAUGGUCAUAGCAUGCACGCAACUAAAACAAGAGGUAUUGGCCGAAGUCAACGACCAAAUCAGGAAACUUCCAGUCACGUUUAGUAUGGUACUAAAAGCUACAAGCAAAUGUAAGCAACUAUAAGCAGUUCUGAAAGCAUUGAAGUCUGGAUGGCGAAUGUGCCGUACGAGCUACUUCCUUAUCAUAGACGCAAAGAUUCUUUGAGUGCAGUGAGAGGAUGUCUACUUUUCGGAGAGCGGAUUAUUAUCCCAGUGUCCGCGAAAACGCGUUUUAUGCCAAUUACAUCGGGGACACCCUGGAAAGGAGAGAAUGAAAUCUAUAGCAAGAGGGCAUGUUUUUUGACCUGGCAUAGACGAAUGAUUCGUGUCGUUCGUACGAUAUUGUCAACCAUAUGCGAUGGUAGCGAAAUCGCCUAUAAAAUCUACACUUCACUCAUGGCCGCUAGCAACAAGGCCUAUGGAGCGGUUGCACGUAGAUAUCGCUGGACCCUGUAAUGGAAACUACUACUUCGUGAUAAUUGAUGCCUACGAUAAAUGGCCAGAGAUUUUUCAAACCCCUAGCAUAACCUCAUCAGUGAUUAUAGAAAAAUUGGAUGAGACAUUUUCAAGGUAUGGGAAUGGUCGUAUCUGAAUGGAACACAAUUUGUGAGCGCACAAUUCAAACAAUUUUUGAAGAUGCGAGGAGUGAAUCACGUCAGAACAGCCCCUUGUCACCCACAAUCCAACGGACAGGCAGAACGGUUCGUGGAUACUCUAAAGAGAACGCUAACUAAGCUUAAAAGCGAGGGAACGAGUGUAGAGAACUUACAAACUUUUCUACAAGCGUACAGGUCCACUCCAACCCCGAAUGUACCGAACGGUGAAACACCAGCAGAAGCAUUCUUAAAAAGAAAAAUUAAAACUUCGUCGAACUUGUUAAACCCACCGGAGUUGCAGCGUCAACCGCAAAGCAACGCAAAGCAAGAGCAACGAUUUAAUACGAAGCCCGGCGCGAAGCCAAGACACCUGGCAGCAGGGGAUUUGGUUUAUGUUAACAAAAAGCGUUGGGCACCAGGCACCAUUAUCGAGAAACUUGGCGACGUAAACUACAACGUUUUAAUCUCUGUAAAUCAAAGAAUAAUUCGAGCGCAUAUAAAUCAGUUGAAAAUACGACUUGCUGACAAGGGAUCACCGUCAACGGAUGUUAAAAGGUUCUUAUGUGACAGUUUCGAUCUCUACCAAGCACCAUGGCACCGUCAACAAGCCGUAGAUAAUGGCGACACACGUCAACCUCCAGAAUCGUCAGAAAAGCAUGCCCGACUUGGGGUUCCAGUACAGUUACAGGACGAUCCCGAGAGGGUCGCAGUAGAGGAUCCAGCUGGUCCAGAUAGAUUUUCUACCCGAAAGGCGCUGGAGAUGCAACCGGCAAGCGAAGCGAGACCGGGCCGAAUAAAGAAGACGCCGACGUGGAUGAGUGACUAUGACGUUUCUUAACAAGGAGAGAUGUUGCGGAUAUUGCAGACCUAUUGAAUGCAACCAUGUUCUCACUUAACUUCUGUUAGUGUGGCAGCACUCACAUCGGAUCACCAUAUACUUAUUUGACUUAAUUUUUUUUUUUACUUCACCUUCCUUUUUACGUACUUUACUAGAAAGCACGCUACUAUUUAUAUAGAAUUAAAUAAACUGGAUUUUCUUAACAAUUUGAACAUUUUUUAAUUCUGUUGGACCACAACAGAAGUAAUAGAGAAAAUAGAAGCCGAUAAAAAAAACUCAUGAAGAAGUAUGAAAGGUUGAACAAGAAACUCAGUAACUUGAGGACGAAGCAAAGCAACAACAACAGAAAUUCCAUUCCAGAUUGGUAAACUUGAGGGAGGUUUACAUUAGACCUCUGCAUGAGUUGAUUCUUAUUUCAAGCCAAAAAGAGUACAUUAGAAUGGUCUAUUCUAUUUCAAGUUCAAAAUACCCAGCGUUUUGAAUUUUGUAUGUUAGAAUAUUCAUUGCGUUUUAAAUUU